CACUGCUACUACCGCGUUCUUUAAAAUAUAGAACACUAUCUACGCCGUUUGUUCUUCUGUUUUAUUGGGCCACCGUUUUGAUUGAAGACUAUAAUAGUAUUAUAACAUCAUUAUAGGCCUUCCGACUCAACGUUGGACUUUUGGCGCGGUUUGCUAUUGUAUAAUACUAUUGGACUCCGUCUUCCUCAUUACGUCAUUGGUGCAGUCACUUGCAGAGGAACAUCUGUCAAUCAAGUGAACUCAGUUUGUGGUCGUUGUUCUCACGAGGCAGUUCACAAGUAACAUUCACUCUAUAGUAACUGUUCAAAUUCCUGCAGUGCAACACCCAGUUACAGUAACUAUGCAAAGACUAACGGGAAAAAUAGUCAUAACACCUAAAAUAACUGACAGCGCACUGAACGACAAUAAAUUCAAACCUCGCAAGCCAUCGCCAGUAUGUUCAACAACAUUCGACUUUCUCCAAAGUACGAAUCAGCUGAGGCAAACUACAAACCUUGGGAAUAAACGUCUGGAAAAUGGAACAUAUACUUCAGGUAUAAAAAGUACUUCAAAUCAUAAACGGCCACAUGGUUGCACACAUAGACCUGAUAGUCUUCUUUGUCCAACUCCCAAGAUGUUAAUUAUACCUCUAUCGGAUGUUAUGAUCAAUGACAAUCAGUAGACGUUUUUGCAAUUCCUCCAGCUUUUCUGCCGGCAACGGUAAAUACACUAAAAAUGAUCGCAAAGUUGUUCAAUCUACUCCCCCUAUAACACAAUUCUUACCUCAGUCAAUCCCACUAGUAUUCAUGGAAAAAGUACUUGUGAUCUACCGGACACUACGUGGAGUUCUACUUCGUACCAGGUCGACAUAACAUGUUAUUCGAAACACUACAAGUGUGUGGAUGGGUCCAACAAGAACGAAAUCCAACUAGGGAGAAUAAUAUACUCGAUUUAUUAUUUACAAUCGAUAUACUCUUUCUCAGUGCACAUUGGUCAUGAUUUUUAUGAGCGAUCAUCUAGUCGUUUUUAGUAUUAUUCAUUAUCUAAACACUAUGCAAGUGAACUCUAAAGCUGCAACAAUGUACCAGAGCAGACAAUUCGAUCAACAAACGUGGAAGCGCACUGAAACUCUUAUUCUAUGCUUGCCAUGAGAAUCCUAUUUCACCACAAAUAAUAUUGACACUGCGCUUUCCAACUUACGCCACAACCUGACACAUUGCCUUGACUGCACUGCCCUAGUUAUCGUGUCAAUAUGAGCCAGAAUACUUUUAAAACUUGUAAGAAAAGGCUGAGAAAACCGAAAUAUCGC